GGACCGACGAAUACGGGGCUGGAAGAAAUCAGUCUGGAGUCUGCCAAUAACAGUUCGAGUUGCGCUCAGCUUCAACGCUACAUUCUGGAGGCAGUACAGAACGAAGUCCCCAUUCCGAGUAAUCUCUCAUAAAUACAGAGAAGAAGAGAAGCUGUAUGCCUAUAAUAUAAUAGGCUGCGUCGUCGAUUAAUUAGGUUACAUGGACUCAAGAGAAAGCUAAUUAUUUUUGCGAAUGAAUAUAAUUGCAUAGCCUAAUUAACGGCUUGGAAACUCAGUCGGCUCUUCACUACAAAUCUGACCUAGGCUACCUGUGUAGAGGGGUUUGAUUUUACUCAUAUCCUGGAAUUGGUAUCAUCAAUAGUUUUAUCGUGUGCUUUUCAUUCGGGUUUAUAUUUGUUUGUAGCAAACGGCUCCCGAGUGCGACUGGAAUACGCGUCUGCACCGGGGAUUGAAUUGAUACAUCAUAACCGACCGGAAUUCAGAUUGUGAAUAAACAAGACAUUGUCCAGGGUAACGUAACCUCACUCUACAACCCAAUCCAUUUGGGCAAAUUGAACGUGUAUUUCGGUAGCAGAGAGCGAUACUAAACCAGCAUAAUGCCUCUUGCACAUCUUGCGGAGCCCUGGCCCCAAAUGGAACUAGUUACACUGGACUCAGAGAAUGGGCAAAGCGUCACUGAGGAUGGGGUCCCACCUGCUGGUCACAAGGACAGGUCCCAUAUUACCUGGGUAGAGAAGGACUUUGCCAAUAUUACUGCCAAGGACAAUGAUGUCAUCAAGGAGAUCAACAUCACCAACGUGGUCAAGGAGGGCUCAGAGAAAGCCGACGCCCGCCAGUUUGAGCUGCUUAAAGUGCUGGGCCAGGGCUCCUUUGGCAAGGUGUUCUUGGUGCGGAAGGUGACGCCUCCCGACGACAACGAGCUGUAUGCUAUGAAGGUCCUGAGAAAAGCCACCCUCAAAGUGAGAGACCGGGUGAGGACCAAGAUGGAGAGAGAUAUCCUGGCAGACGUCAACCACCCCUUCGUGGUCAAACUCCACUAUGCAUUUCAGACAGAAGGAAAGCUCUACCUGAUCCUGGACUUUCUGAGAGGAGGCGAUCUCUUCACCAGACUGUCUAAAGAGGUGAUGUUCACAGAGGAGGAUGUGAAGUUCUACCUCGCAGAGUUGGCUCUGGGCCUGGACCACCUGCAUAGCCUGGGCAUCAUCUACAGAGACCUCAAACCUGAGAACAUUCUACUGGAUGAAGAGGGCCAUAUAAAACUCACAGAUUUUGGCUUGUGUAAGGAGGCUGUUGACCAAGAGAAGAAGGCCUACUCCUUCUGUGGUACGGUGGAAUACAUGGCGCCAGAGGUGGUGAACAGGCAGGGCCACAUACAGAGCGCCGACUGGUGGUCAUUUGGGGUACUGAUGUUUGAGAUGCUGACCGGAUCGCUUCCUUUCCAAGGGAAGGACCGCAAAGAGACCAUGAACCUCAUCCUCAAGGCCAGAUUGGGAAUGCCCCAAUUCCUCAGUACAGAGGCCCAGAGUCUCCUCCGAGCUCUGUUCAAGAGGAACCCCAUCAACAGAAUGGGGUCCGGGACGGAUGGUGCAGAGGAGAUCAAACGCCACACCUUCUUCUCCACCAUCGACUGGAACAAACUGUUCCGGCGAGAGAUCCCACCCCCGUUCAAGCCGGCGGUGGCCCGACCAGACGACACCUUCUACUUCGACUCGGAGUUCACCUCCCGCACACCCAAAGACUCCCCAGGUGUUCCACCCAGUGCCGGAGCCCACCAGCUCUUCCGGGGCUUCAGCUUCGUCGCCCCGGCCAUGCUGGAUGAGGAGGGGGCCAAGGAGCCGGCCAAGCCCACACCACACCCAGUGGUCCAGCAACUCCAUGGAAAGAACGUGUUGUUCAGCGAUGGCUACAUGUUGAAGGAGGACAUCGGCAUGGGCUCUUUCUCCGUUUGCAAGCGCUGUAUCCACAAAGCCACCAACACCGAGUACGCCGCCAAGGUGAUUGACAAGACCAUGACAGACCCCUCAGAGGAGAUUGAGAUCCUGUUGAGAUACGGCCAGCACCCCAACAUCAUCACCCUGAAAGACGUGUAUGACAAUGGGAAGCAGGUGUAUCUGGUGACAGAGCUGAUGAGAGGUGGGGAGCUGCUGGACCGGAUCCUCAAACAGAAGAUCUUCUCCGAGCGAGAAGCCAGCUCCGUGCUCCACACCAUCACCAAGACUGUAGAAUACCUCCACGCACAGGGGGUUGUCCACAGGGAUCUAAAGCCCAGUAACAUCCUUUAUGUAGAUGAGUCGGGGAACUCUGAGUCUAUCCGGAUCUGUGACUUUGGUUUUGCCAAGCAGCUGAGAGCUGACAACGGCCUGCUCAUGACUCCAUGCUACACCGCUAACUUUGUAGCCCCGGAGGUGUUAAAGCGUCAGGGCUAUGACGAGGGCUGUGACGUAUGGAGUCUGGGAGUGUUGUUGUACACCAUGCUGGCUGGCUUCACACCAUUUGCCAACGGGCCCGAGGACACUCCAGAUGAGAUCCUGAGCAGGAUAGGCAGCGGUCACUUCACCCUGACUGGAGGCAACUGGGAUGCCGUGUCGGAAGCAGCGAAGGACCUGGUGUCUAAGAUGCUUCAUGUGGACCCUCACCAGCGGCUGACCGCAAUGCAGGUCCUCAAGCACCCCUGGAUUGUCCAGAGGGACAAGCUAUCCAGCAGCCAGCUGCAGCACCAGGAUGCCAAGCUAGUCAAGGGGGCGAUGGCUGCCACCUACUCUGCCUUGAAGAGCUCCCAGCCCACCCCGGAGCUCAAGCCCAUUGAGUCGUCCUUCCUGGCCCAGCGACGUGUCAAGAAGCUCCCCUCCACCUCUCUGUAGAGCCACCAGAGAGAGACCAUGAGCACCCUCAGACUCUAGCUAGAACAUCAGCCAGUACAGGAACAAGUCACGGGACUGAAGAGACCGGUAGAUCCCCUCUAUCUAACCAGCCAAGGACCACUGACUACUCUACUGCUGUCUCCUUCCCUGGCAGUGAUAUCAAUACUCUGCUGCAGUCUCCUACCCUGCCAACGACAUAACUACUCUGCUGUAGUCCCUUCCCCUGCCAAUGAUAUCGCUACUCUGCUGCAGUCUCCUCCCCUGCCAACUAUAUCGCUACUCUGCUGUAGUCCCCUGCCAACUAUAUCGCUACUCUGCUGUAGUCCCCUGCCAACUAUAUCGCUACUCUGCUGUAGUCCUCUGCCAAUGAUAUCGCUACUCUGCUGUAGUCCCCUGCCAACGAUAUCGCUACUCUGCUGUAGUCCCCUGCCAACUAUAUCACUACUCUGCUGUAGUCCCCUGCCAACAAAAUCGCUACUCUGCUGUAGUCUCCUGCCAACGAUAUCGCUACUCUGCUGUAGUCCCCUGCCAACGAUAUCGCUACUCUGCUGUAGUCCCCUGCCAACGAUAUCGCUACUCUGCUGUAGUCCCCUGCCAACAAAAUCGCUACUCUGCUGUAGUCUCCUGCCAACGAUAUCGCUACUCUGCUGUAGUCCCCUGCCAACGAUAUCGCUACUCUGCUGUAGUCCCCUGCCAGUGAUAUCGCUACUCUGCUGUAGUCCCCUGCCCUGCCAACGAUAUCACUACUCUGCUGUAGUCCCUUCCCCUGCCAACGAUAUCACUACUCUGCUGUAGACCCUUCCCCUGCCAACAUUAUCGCUACUCUGCUGUAGUCCCCUGCCCUGCCAGUGAUAUCACUACUCUGCUGUAGUUCCCUGCCCUGCCAGUGAUAUCACUACUCUGAUGUAGUCCCCUGCCCUGCCAGUGAUAUCACUACUCUGCUGUAGUUCCCUGCCCUGCCAGUGAUAUCACUACUCUGCUGUAGUCCUCUGCCCUGCCAGUGAUAUCACUACUCUGCUGUAGUCCUCUGCCAGUGAUAUCACUACUCUGCUGUAGUCCCCUGCCAGUGAUAUCACUACUCUGCUGUAGUCCUCUGCCAGUGAUAUCGCUACUCUGCUGUAGUCCCCUGCCCUGCCAGUGAUAUCGCUACUCUGCUGUAGUCCCCUGCCCUGCCAGUGAUAUCACUACUCUGCUGUAGUCCCCUGCCAGUGAUAUCACUACUCUGCUGUAGUCCUCUGCCAGUGAUAUCACUACUCUGCUGUAGUCCCCUGCCAGUGAUAUCACUACUCUGCUGUAGUCCUCUGCCAGUGAUAUCGCUACUCUGCUGUAGUCCCCUGCCCUGCCAGUGAUAUCACUACUCUGCUGUAGUCCCCUGCCAGUGAUAUCACUACUCUACUGUAGUCCCCUGCCCUGCCAGUGAUAUCACUACUCUGCUGUAGUCCCCUGCCCUGCCAGUGAUAUCAGUAGUUAAUCUUUCCUCUGGAUUGGCUUCUGGGCAUGGUCACUUGGAUGUCAAUCAACCUGGACUAGCAACAAGACAUGGUUGGGGAUGAGGGGGCAGUGGGGUAGGGGCAGGUUAUGACAAAUUUCUUAGCAGUAUAUUUUGGAUAAAAGGUAUGUGUGCGUGAGUUUGAGACAACCUGCUACCACGGAGGACGUUGAUGAUCAUUGAGGAUGUUUCUGUUGUGUUUUUUGUUCUGCUGUCGUUUUGAUUGGCUCUGCAUCUCCCCUCAGCAUCGCUGUGAUUGGCUGUCGCUAAACUCUCUGCAUGUCUGUCUGUUUGGUGUGACGUUCUCUCUCUCCAAUUGAUCAGCUUGCCAAAUCGAUUUGUGUGUUUUUGCUGUUUUACCAUUGAAAGCUGGAAGGGACAAUGGCACAAAACGAGAUCACAGUCAUCACUAUCAUUUUCCUACAUUUUGAAUGAACAUUAAAAGAAAGAAAAACAUUUCGCCAUAAAUGCCUCUCGUUUUUGAGACUAUACUGGAACUAGGAAUUCUGGGUAAUGUAGUCAAUGCUAAUGUUUUUUCCAGGCCGAAUGUCUCACUCUCCAUUGCAUGACUUGUCCAGGGAAGGGUUCAGAAAGUUGUUUGCAUGGUCUGGUGCAGUGUGGCGUCAUGUUGCUUUGUCCUUCUCUUCUCUUUUCUUGGUGACAUUUCCGAUCCUGAGAAGAAGAAAAGAUUUGAGAUAUGGCCAAAUAUUUUUAUUGUAAAAAAAAAAAAAAAGAGAGAAAAUAAUAUCUGUAAUACCACUAACAGGGUGGAAUGUUGAAAUCUGUUUUUUCAUUGUGUUUUCUUCUUGGAUAUGCCUAUUUUGAAUGUCGUCUUUCUUGUAUUUGCUUUUGUUGUUGAAAGGCAUGUUGAACGCACACACACACUGUUGGGGCUUCCAUAAUGGACUCUUUCCCACAGCCCUCUGUGUUUCAAUGUCAAGUAUGGUGAGAGUGAUUGUCAAAACGAUUGUACUGAGCACUCAAAUGCACACUCUCCCUUAAAGAUAUUCUCCCGUACUUUUGUAUACUUUUUAACCAGUAGUUAAGUAGCUCCCACGAGCCAAAAAUGGUCCCGAAAAUGGCCGACCACGUCAUUUCUCUUGCUCUGCUGGGUUUGCUUCUUGCUAGUUGUCAGUCAAAUGGUGAGGGAUUGAAGCUCAUUGGCUGAAACUCAAAUAAUUAAUAGGGGGCUGGCCCACACGGGGGUACAUGUAGGGAAAAUGGCACUGCACAGCUUCCAGAAAACUGUCCCUUUCAAACUCUGGGUUUCGUGGCUAACUGAGGUAAGACUGUAAUUCUGCUCAUAGAUUAUGCAUGUAUGAGCUACACAUUGAUACAUCAAGCCCAAAGCGGGAGAUUUAAAAAAAUACUUACCAGUCGCCAAAGUACCCGGGCAUGUCUUUAAGGUCUCUAAAGUAUAUUGGUUUUACAUAGACAAUCCUUGACAGGAAUAUUUUUUAGUGCUUUUCUGAUUUGAUUGGCCUGUCUGUUGGUCUUAAUCAGGACAUAAAGUAAAUCUCCACAGGUCCUUUCUGUCUCCUGUUCAGUUUGACAUUGUCUGAGUAGAAGUGCCGAUCUAGGAUCUGUCCAUAUCUUAUUCUAUACAGACACAACUAUCUAACAGACACAACUGCUGAUCCUGGAUCAGCACUCCUACGCUGAGACGCAUUGUGGAUACGGGCCGUGGACUCUAGUACAGUAUAGGUCACAACAACGUCUUGACUAGAGGCUCCUAUGGGAUAGUACAUGUUUGCGUGGCUAUGUUUUUUUGGUAGCUUUUAAAUUCCUUAUUAAGGGCCGAAUUCCUAGACACAGUAUCUGCGUUGAACAUGCUUUUUAGUCUAGGACUUGUCCGGGAAACUGGCCCCUGCGCCUACAGCAGAAAGAUCCUGCAAGUUUAUGUAGGCUUGGAUCUUUAGUCUUAGAUAAGUGAUGCAUAUCUGUAGAAAGGUUGGGAUAACUCUUUCUAUGGGAAACGCAUUAUUAAGAAGAAACAGAUCAAGAUGAAGGGAAAGUUUGACUAAAACAAGAAAUAACAGCUACCACCCACUGAGACUCCUCGUAGUAACAGUAACCCAUCUGCUAUAGUAGCACAGUGACAUUACUACAGUUGCAAAGUAUGAAAACCCCUUUCAUCUCAGAUCAAGUGGAAUACAUAGUUAUGUUUAUUUUGUUUUAAAUCAAGUUCUCUAUCGCUUUAUUUGUAUUUUUUAUUUAACCUUUAUUUAACUAGGCAAGUCAGUUAAGAACAAAUUCUUAUUUACAAUGACAGCCUACCGGGGAACAGUGGGUUAACUGCCUUGUUCAAGGGCAGAACGAGCUACAAAGGUUGAGAUUAAAUGUUUAAUUUACUAUGAUGAUAUUUACCUCUUGUCUGUUCUAUGUUGUUGUACCUUUCCUUAUAAGGGUCCAUAAACACUUCUCGUGGCAAAAACACGAUUCACCAAUGAAUUGCAACCUAACUCGGACACGUCCCAUGAUUCUGCCAUCUAGAACCAAUGAAAUUCCAUCUUUGCUGCCAUAGUUUUUUUCUGCCACGACCAGUGUGUUUGGACCCUGAAGUGGGAGCUUGCUUUGGUAUGGAACUAUUCUAUGUGUUUGUUCCUCUUGCUUUGUAUUCCCUUCCUUCCUGGUUUUCCAUGUGAGUCGGGAUGAGAUGGGGUAGUUCACUCUCAUCUGCCAUUGCAGCAGUGGGUAUUCAGGCCUAUAGGGAGUUCUGAUGAGAUGCCUUUCUAUUAAAACACUUUUCUCUGCGCUGA